AUAUUUUGCAAUACUUAAAUUAUUUUGCAAGUGUGUGUGGCAUUGUUUUGACUCCAUAGAGUGAGUCACUGUUUCCGAACAGAAGAAACCUCUUUUCUCUUAUAUGGGGAAGACUGAAAUAUGGCGGACGAUCGGGAAUCUCUCAUCUGUUGCGUCUGUCUGGAUUUCUUUAAAAAUCCAGCGAUUAUUCCCUGUGGACACAUUUUCUGUAAGGAAUGCAUUACAGGUUUGUGGGAUAAAGAUGUGUGCAGAUGUCCUCAGUGCAAACACACUUUUCCCAACAGACCUGUUAUCACUGACUGGCUGCAGAUGAAGGAUCUUUCUGAGAAACUGAUGAAGAUGAGACCAAAGGAGGAGGAAGAUGAAGAUGCUGAAGCACAUGAAGUGAGCUGUGAUUCCUGCACCUCCAGAAGAACCAAAGCGGUGCAAUCCUGCCUCACCUGUGUCUCCUCAUUCUGCAGAAAUCACCUGGAGAAGCACAAUGAUCUCCACGGAUGGAGAAAACACCUUCUGACCGAAGUCACGGAUCUUCAGAGCAAAACCUGCUCUCUUCAUGGGAAACUGCUGGAUGUGUUCUGUCGCACUGAUCAGAAGUGUGUCUGUGUGCUGUGUGCUAUACAUGAACACAAGGAGCACGACAGCGUCUCAGCUUCAGAGGAAAGAGCAGACAGACAGGGAAAGUUGAUGGAAACACAUGAGAAGUUUCAGCAGAACGUCCGAGACAGAGAGAAGGAUCUGAAAGAGCUAAAGCAGGCAGAAGAGUCCAUCACAUGUUCAGCGCAGACGGCAGUCUCUGAAAGUGAGCGCAUCUUCAGUGAAGUGCUGUCCUCCGUUCAGAAAACAAGCGUCCGUGUGAAAGAACUGAUCACAGAGCGACAGAGAGAUGAACUCAGUCGCAUCGAAGGACUUCAGGAGAAAGUCCAGCAGAAGAUCUCUGACCUCAGGAUGAAGGAGUCUGAGCUCGGUCAGCUCUUGACCACUGAAGACCACAUUCACUUCCUGCAGAAUUACCCAAAAUACAUACCCGAAAAAUUUGAAGAUCUUUCCAACAUUUCUGAAAAUCCAAAAGCCUACUUCUCCAAUGUUGAGCUGCUGCUUUCUAAAAUGCAAGAGCGAUUGCUGGAGGUCACCAAAGAGACCGAGAUCAAGAUCAAGAUCAGAUCUGGGGAAGCUGUGCCUCCUAAAGCUGAUGCACCUGUCUCAACUCCUUUGUAUUUAGGGACAAAUAUUUUCAGUUAAAUAGUGUCUGUGCAUUUAUUUGCAGUCAAGUCAAUGAUAUCGCUGUAGAUGAAGUGACCCCAACUAAGCAAACCAGAGGCGACAGCGGCAAGGAACCGAAACUCCAUCCGUGACAGAAUGGAGAAAAAAACAUGUCAGAGAGUCUGUAAUUCUCCUCUGAUACGCCUCUCUUUAGUGUCAAUCACUGCUGAUACCUUAAAGGUGCCAUCUGUAAUGUUUGGCAAAAAAAAUCAAGUCAUACUCCACAUUCCAUACCAGAUGGGGGCAGUAUGCCUCAAUAAAGUGAAUUGGUCUACUCUAGAGUAACAAACGAGAAACGGCAUAGUCUCUAUGCUCCGCCCCUACUUUCACAACAACACUACAGCCAUAGCCGAAGCCUAACUGUGCGUUCACACCGCCAAAGAUUUGUGAGCGCUCAGACGCUCUAACGUAGAUCGAAUGCUUAUUUUGUAUUUAAAGCGGCCCCAAAGCAAACAAGCUUGUUGAUCUCGUGCAGACUAACCACAAGGAGUUGUGGACGAAAUAUUAGGAUCCCUUACUUAAAAUGAACAAUCUCAGGCACCUUGGUCCACGUAUCACUUUUAAUUUUUUUUUUAUGUCCUUGUACGCAAACAGGGACACAUCAAACGCUAAACAGCAAUAAUAAACCUGUCCUUUAUUCUGCUUGGGAACUAAUGUGCCAACUCUCAAGCAUUCACCGUGAGACACACGCAAUUGACUCUUUUCACACGCUUUCACGCCACACAUAAUUUUUUUCACGCACAGAAAAACCACAAAGCAAACAGGACAAGGAGACCAACAGACUAGACAGAGCAGGUUAGUUAUGAAAUAAAACAACGGGUAAGUUACAGCUAGCUAAUUAUCAAACGCAGCUACGGUUAGCCAUCGAUAACAUUAGCACGUUUAUCGAACAGCCUUCGAUACAUUUCUAUGCUGUAACUUCCCGAAAACAAAUACACAAAGAUAUAAAACAAACUUCUAGUACUAAUACUAACAGCAUCUAACUUACUGUUAGAAAUGUUGCAAGUUCGGAGUCAAACCUAAUUUCUUUCAUGUCCAUCAGUUGUCUCCAGCGAUUAAAAGCAGUGCCGAUGUUUACUCUGGUAUUCUUAUUGGAUUUGAUUUGUGAUUCCGAGCGCGGUUGUUUCCCUGUAGCGGGUGUUGGUCUCUUGCCAAGGGCUUCAGCUAUCCUUCCGCUCUUUUCCCUGAACUGAAAGUAGUGGGCUGUACUUUCCACACGAUUGACAUCAGGUUCAAGUACACGCCCACAAGCCCUGCGAGUUAUUCGUGUAUUGCAGGUUGGCUGGUGGUUAUGUUGCCCGCAUACCGCCUCCCACGGCCGAAACUGGUAUUACAACACCUGCCGGGCCGGGGCUAGUAAUGCUAAUGCUAAUUAAGGUUGAUAUCUCUGCAGCACUAUAACUUGACAUUUUUUUUAAUGACAUCAUCGCCCUUAUUUCUUCUCAUUCUUUUGAUGCGUGUAGGUCAUGUUAUGGAUAUUUUUACCUCAAUUUUUGCAUAUGGCACCUUUAAAGGUGUUGUCCUAGUAAUCGCUCAGUGUUAUAGGAAGUAUUAAAAGUAAGGUAUAAUUACGUGCAGAGGUGUUAACUCUUGAGUAUACAUUCGCUUGUGCAUCCUAAAUAAACUUUAAACACUAUGAACUCA